AUGGCGCGGCUACGUUUUCCUGGUCGACCUGGCUAUCGAUUCGAUCGAAUUGGAGUCAGAUAUAGUGCCGAUGAAGCCAGAAUUACUACAGAUCCAACAUUAUCCAUAAUAACCAGCAUCCACAAAGGUUUGCAACAAUUUAGGGACAUAUUUGGCGACUCUGACGAGGAUGAUACAGAAUUCUGUGGCUUCACGCCAGCCGAGGUUCGAGCAGCAGAAAAGAAUUUUCAGCGGGCUAUCAAACAAGAGAAGCAAUUUCUUGAACAGCAAGCACAUCAGCAGAAGUUUAGAAGUGAGCGGUCUAAAGCCACGCUAACCUGCCUUGCAGCUGCGGGAUUAGAGCUUACAAAGAACACCAGAGCACCUAUCAAUUUAAGAAAAACUUACAAAAAAAUUGUGGAGACAGGGCUAGUGCAGGAUGCAACACGUAAGAUCAAACCUAAUUCAUGGCAUGAAACAUCCAGGAAUAAAUCACUACAGGAGGUGUCGAGGCCUAGCCCACAUCUACAGCAAGCGUCAAAAGUUUCUGUUGCAGCGGGAAAACAAAAUGGUCAGCCUGUUCCUGACAAUGUGUCUAACUUGAAGCACAUCAGGUUGAAACGCCUGACACAUAAUGUGGACACACAACCAGUUUUCCGUCGGCCUGUGGGGAGGCCUAGGAAGUAUACCACUACUGCAGAGGGGGUUAUUGAUGUGCAGAGGGGCAACAGCUUUGAAAGUAUUGCAGCCGCUUCAUCUGGAUUUGGUGCAAAACCCCUCUCAAAGUACACAUCGAUGGCUAAGCAGAUUCUGGCCAGAGCUACAAAACAGGCAGUGCAUACCAGCAGCAAACUCUUUACUUCAACACAUAAAGUUAGGAAAUUUGUUCUUCCUACUAAAAGCUCCAGAUCUUCUCGAGUUAUCAAGCCCAAUAAGCGAUUUUUGGAAGAUGAUAAUGUACACCAGUUGGUCGCCAAACAAGCAAAAAUUAGUCCAUCUUCGCUUACAGCAGCAGCUCCAGCAUUCAAAGCACCCAUCUUCGGCAUGGUAGUUGGUAGUGAAAAAUCAAACAGCUUUUCUGCAUUUCCAUCAUGUGGAUUAACUAUGUCACCCUUUAACGUGACCAGAGAUAAAGGCUUUCCAGCAUUUUCCACAGCUCCUCAGCCCAGCGGCACUUCCAGUUUUAUGGAUGGAUUAGCUAACCAGAAGCUUCUAGGGUCUCUCGAUCAGCCAUUGAUAGUUGAGGGGAAGAGACCCCGCAAGCCCAGCCUGAUCAUGAGAAUGAAACUGGUGGAAGACGAUCCUGCUGAUGAAAUCCGGCUUCAGCAGCAGUUGUCGGAUGCUACCACUGCUGUUAAAUCUGAUGGACAGAAGCCACCAGCUGACGCUAAAUUUUCACCGACACCUUUACCAUCACAGACAAAAGGUUUUGGAGCUCCUAAGAGCCUCAUCGCCCCAGCUAAACUCUUCACUGACCCGUCCACUUGCUCUUUAUCCUCAAAAGCUUUCAGGGCUCAUUACAAGCAGCAGCAGAUUUUAUCCAACUUACCUUCUCAGAGCACUGUCGUGCUGCGUCAAGCCAAACUACAGCUGAAUCGAACAGCCCUCAAUCGUUCCAAGGCUGCUUUAGCUCGAUCACUGAAAGCUCAGCUUAAACGUGAAGCCAAGCUGGAGAGGAGACGGCGGACUCCACAGAGCAGAUUUGGACGACUGUCAGUGUCUGAUCCGUCAGCUGUAUCACCCGGCUCAUCACUCAGCCAGCUGUCCCCAUUUUCUAAACUGGCAUCUGAUUCAGCCAUAGAAAGACAGAAAUCUGGAUUGUUUGAGGGAAUAGAGGCUGGUGCUGGAUCUUUCUCACCAGGAAGAAGUCCACCAGUGACACCCAGUUCCUUACAGACUCUGAAGCCAAAGAACGAGAAAUUUGACAACUAUCAGGCAUCACUGAUCAAACAUGAUGCUCUGCUGAAAACGUAUGCACCAGGAUCCAGAUGGCACUGUCUUGUGUGCUCCAGCAUGUGUGUUAUCAAGAAGAACCGCAAGCUGCCUCAGGUCCCGUUGUGCAAGAGGUGUAAGGCAGCUUAUUUUUUCCAAGUGACCCUGAAGCCGGGGUCAUUAAAGAGAAAGUGCAAGUAUGGAGGAAGGUGCAACAUUCACUUCUCGGAAAAAUCGAUUCUUCAUUGCCCAUCAUGCAAAUUCAGAAAAUUUGACGCAGUUAUGAGAAAAUGUAAGGAGCUAGGAUAUACAGUAACUCAAAGGUGCCCUUAUCGCUACAUGACUGCUAAGCAGCGGCAGACGAGCAGAAGUGGAGACAGGAUGGUGGAACCAGGCCUGAGAACACCAGGCAGGACAUCCAACCAUAGCAGUGAGCUAAUCAGUGCCAGUAAUCUGGACAAGCCAUUGUCAGUCGAUGUUGACCAGGAUACAGAUCCGUUUAGCCUUUCGCCACCACAGACCCUCUCAAGCUCCAAGUCAACACCAGAUAAAGGUUUGAGGUCUCCUUCCAAGAAAUUAGGUCUGACCGCCAGUGAUGGUGACAAAGUGUCUGAAGCUGAUGAAGAUGGUGACAUAGUAGGUAGAUCAAGGGGGAGUGUUCGAGGGCCCAGAAUCAAGCAUGUGUGCCGCCGUGCUGCGAUGGUCUUUCCUCAGCAAAGGGCCACAUUUCCAGAGGAGCCCCAGAAGAGAACUUUAACACUGAGUGCUCUGCCUAAUGAGGAGAAGAGACAGCUGUGGGCCAAAAACAAGCAGGAGCAAACACAAGAUUCUUCAACCGACGAGAGCAAUGAUGAAACAAAACAGAAUAAAAUCCCUGCACUAGCCUCUCCUGACAGAAAAUUGCAGUCACCCAAAGAAGAGCAAGCAGAUACAAAGAAAGAAAGAAAGAUAGGCUCAAACUUCAACAAGAAGCUAGGUUUAACCAGAGAUGAGAAGGUAGAUGAUUUGAGAGAAGGCAAGAUGCCAAAAAAUAGGAUCUCAGAGGCAAGGAUGGCAGGGACAGAUGUUGCCAGUAAAGUGAAGAAGAAAAGUAUAUCAAUUGAGAAAACAUUGGCAGCCAGAAAGAAAGGAUACACCAGGAAAAUUCGUUGCCGUGAAUGCAAGGGCUGCAAAACUCCAGAAUGUGGUGUGUGCGUGUUUUGCCGUGACAAGCCCAAGUUUGGUGGGCCAGGAAGGAUCAAAAAGUGUUGCAUACAUUCAGUUUGCCUUGCACCCAAAAUCCCAAGGAAAGCCACACAAGCAUUUAUUGAACCAAAAAGUCCAACCAAAACCUACCGAAGGGAUGAUGAUGAUCAGAAUGGAGAUCACCACACAAGGAGUCACAAUUCUAGGGCUGGCUUCCGGGAUUCGUCCUCAAGGUACCAGGAGAAGAGAGCUAACAAUCACUGGAGAGUGGAGGGAAAUGGAAAUGGAGCCAAAGACGACAGUGAAGAUGUUAUUGAAGGAGCUGAAGAAAAUAUGGACACCUACCAAAACGGGCAUACUAGUUCUUUAUCAUCUUCCCUUCAAAAUGGCCUCGACAUGGAUGGCUCCCAAUGUCAGUCAAAAACAGUAGCUAACACAAAUGGGGACCGAGUUGUACGCUAUGCCAAGGGAAAGUACUCUACAGCUGUUGAAGCUACUAUUCAGUUUGCCUUGGCUGAUGUCCGAAACCCUUUCAUUGGAAGGAUGGCGGAAGCAUAUGUAGGCAAAAUGCGUCAUCUAAAACACAGAGAGAAG